GCACUGUACAUAGACAGCUGGCUGGGCUCACGCACUCUCAUUUCCAGCUGGGAUUAUCUUCGCGAAGGGUGAUUGAUCGUCAGCAGAAUCAGAAAAUUCUUUCCAGAAUGUUUUCAAAGUUGGUCCAGAGACGCACUUUGAGUGCUCUAUAUUGCAACCUCAAUGCACAGAUGAGUUCGGCUGGGGUGGCAGCUACACAGAAACCAGUUGAAGAACCGUUAAACUCAGAAUAUAUAUAUGACAGAGAAGCAAAGUAUGGAGCUCACAACUAUCAUCCUUUACCAGUUGCUCUUGAAAAAGGAGAAGGUGUAUAUGUGUGGGAUGUAGAAGGCAGAAGGUAUUUUGACUUCCUGAGUGCUUAUAGUGCUGUCAAUCAAGGCCACUGCCAUCCAAAGAUAAUCAAUGCUUUGAAGACUCAGGCAGAAAAGCUGUCCCUCACCUCUAGGGCUUUCUACAACGAUGUGCUUGGAGAAUACGAGGAAUACAUCACAAAGCUGUUCAACUACAACAAAGUGUUACCAAUGAACACAGGUGUUGAAGGUGGGGAGACUGCUUGCAAGCUGGCUCGGAAGUGGGCAUAUACCGUGAAGGGUGUUCCGAAAUACAGGGCACAGAUUAUUUUUGCAGCUGGCAACUUCUGGGGAAGAACAAUGUCUGCAAUAUCAAGCUCCACAGACCCCUCCAGCUAUGAGGGAUUUGGGCCAUUUAUGCCUGGAUUUAAAAUAAUUCCUUACAAUGAUCUUCCUGCUCUUGAGCGUGCUCUACAAGACCCCAACGUAGCUGCAUUCAUGGUUGAGCCAAUUCAGGGUGAAGCAGGUGUAGUUGUUCCUGAUGAAGGGUACCUAACUGGGGUACGGCAGAUGUGCACAGCACAUAAUGUUCUAUUCAUUGCUGAUGAAGUUCAGACUGGAUUGGCUAGAACUGGCAAAAUGCUUGCUGUGGACCAUGAAAAUGUUCGCCCAGACAUCUUGAUUCUUGGAAAAGCUUUGUCCGGAGGAACAUACCCUGUGUCUGCUGUUCUGUGUGAUAAUGAGGUGAUGAUGACCAUUAAACCAGGUGAACAUGGAUCAACCUACGGAGGCAAUCCUGUUGCAUGCCGUGUGGCCAUGGCUGCUCUGGAGGUCAUUGAAGAAGAGAACCUGGCUGAAAAUGCAAGAUUAAUGGGAGAUUUAUUGAGAGCAGAGCUAAUGAAGACUCCAAACGACAUUAUUACACAUGUACGAGGAAAGGGGUUGCUGAACGCCAUUGUUGUGAAACAAAGUCAAGAAUGUGAUGCGUGGAAGAUGUGUCUCAGACUGCGUGACAAUGGACUCCUGGCUAAGCCCACUCAUGGAGAUAUCAUCCGACUGGCUCCACCGCUUACCAUCAAGGAAGAUGAGAUCAGAGAGUGCAUUGAGAUUAUCCACAAGACUAUCCUUUCAUUCUAAGUAACUCACGUGGUGGACAUUCAUCAAACUGCAAUUUCCUUCUAGUUCAUCUAAGUAGGAGUUAGUGCUGUGGCUCCUAGUGACGUGUCUUCGUAGAAUUGAUCAUGCUUGCAUAUAUGGACAUGGCAUUUGUAUACUCCAUCUGCUGAAAAACCUAUGAACAAUAAUCUGUGGAAUAUCCAUUACUCCAAUGCCAAAAAGUGGACAAAGGGUUCUGUCUUCAAUUUCCAGUUAUUGUAAACUCAAAGCUCAGUGUAACUGAGUGGACACGCUAACCUCUAUAUAGUGUAUAUAGUGCUGUGGGUGUUUAAAAGUAAGAUUUGUAGAUGUUAUUUAAUGCAUAGGUCUGUAUAGCUUAAAUUCAGUAUUCCAAUUAAGGUUGGUUCAUAAAAUAAA